AACCGAGGAAGCCUCUGCCGAACCUCGGAUUUGUUGUUUUGCAAGAUCAAUCAAUAGAAAAUUCAUUAAAAGAUGACAAACAUCUGAUAAUAUUGUUAAGUAUAUCACCUGUGUGUCAGUGUAAGAUGUAAUCUGACCUACAUCGAAUACUGUGAUAAAAAUGUCUCGAGUAAAUGGUCACAGCCCAACUCACAAUGGAACCAGGACCAACCAAAGAAGCCCAGGACCUGGUCCCAAGAGUCCUACCCAUAAUGGUGCACAUACAGAGAAUGGGGGCUCACACCUGGUCAAUGGCAAGCCUCGUCUGCCGCCCAUCAACACUCCGGCAAGUAUCUUGUCCAGCAGAAACUCCAGGGACUAUAGCAAGAGCAAGCUAAUGACUCACAGGAGAGCCAACGAGAUGCAGGGACUGUUGAUGGAGAAGAUCUACCAGAAAGCAGAACAGAUCAGGGAGGAUGUGCAGGAAAAGGCCAAGAAAAGACCCCCUUCUGCAAAUGAUCCAGAUUACCCAUUAACGAUGAUGAGUAAAGAUCGUCAGACAAGGCAAAACUACCAAUACAUGAAGCAAUGUGUGGAGAGUGGUCCUAUCCCUGUUAUGGAAGAACAACGGUAUACCAACAUCCUAAGUUUGGUACCCUCCCACCUCCAAGAGUCUAAGUACAUGCAAGAAACCAUACAGGAACUGUUCACAGAGGUACAGGGUGACUUCCACAGCAGCAUGAUGAAAUCCAUGACACAACAUGUAUUGGUCAAACCAAAUAUAAAAGGGCUUGAGAAAGACACAACAGGAGAGCCACCAGCAGAACCAGUUGGUCUCGACUACUCCAGCCCUUGGCACAACGACUUCCUGGAUGCGGUGGAAGCGAUGCAGUGCAACCUCCACGUCACCCAUCCUUCCAUGCAGAUUGUACUGGGCAUGUGUCAGACGAGCCUCGGACAGCUCCUGCUGGUUGACCUGAAAGGUCAAAGGGCACAGGGGCCAGUAGAGUGCGAGCACCUGAAAAAUAAUGUCAUUCUCGAAUGUGAGAAGAUGGAAGAGAGACUGAUGCAUAGCUGGUGGCCUGAAGUACUCAACGUGUUCAUGGAUAGAAAACGGUUGUCAGAUGUCCCUACCGAGCAACUAGAAUCUUUCUACUGCAGUGUCUCAACUCUAAUAUCGAAUCAGCUGAAAAAGCUGAUUGCACGAUCCAUCGAAGCAUGGGUGGAGCUGUUCGACAUGGAAGACAAGCAGAACCUGCCCAUCUUCAAGAUGGAGCUGACCUACGACAACGACAAGAUGGAGUUCUACCCGUACUACUCGGACCUGGAGGAAUGCCUCCUCUUCGUGGUCCUCCAGCUGACCAAGACCAUGCAGAGUGUUCCCACUGUCCAGUCCUGGCUCUCCGGGACCAACGAGCUCAAUAGCAUCGAUGCCAUGGUGGCCGAGCAUGUUGUCACGGCAGCCAGGAGCACACUGAAGGAAGCCUGCAAGGUGAACUUCGAAAAGCCCAGUGCCCACCUGGAUUCUUACAUGGAAAAAUAUGAACAUCUGUGCAGCGGAGAAGCUCAGUCCAAGGUCGAUAAAUUCCUUGAAGAUGAACACACAUUUGAAGAAUACUGCCAGUAUAUUGAGGAGUUCCGCAACUUGGCUAAAGACAUCAUGAGUCUUGAUAGCAUCGUUCACUUUGACAUGGUUCGUCUAGAUUGUGAGGAUCUUAAGAGAGGUCUGGCUGAGAAGUCUAGGGGUUAUGCCAACACACUGCUAGAGAGAGUAGCAUCAGAUCACAGGCAGGAGAAUGAAAGCAUUUGCACAGAAUUUGAGACAAUCAAGGAUCGUGCUCUGAAGCUUCCCGAGAGCUCAGAAGAUAUGAUGGAGAUGGUUUCUUACAUUGAGAAGGCUCGCGUCGAAGGGAUCAAGGGUCUGAAGGAGCGCAUCGACGGCAGCAAACGCAAGAUGAAUUUCCUCUUGGACAUCUACCUGUUCCAGCCAGAACACAUUGAACUGAACAAGACGGUGCUCAUGUGGCCCAGCAAUAUUCAGCCCAUCUUUGAUGACAAUGAGGAGUUGGUUGAGAAAUCCAAGAAGAAGGGAGAAAGUGAGCUCUUGGAGAAACGAGAGAAGCUCAUGAUCGAAUUGGAGAAGAUUCGCAAGAGAGUAGCAGAGUUUGCGGAGUAUGGAGAACUAGACAUGAUGGUUCAGUAUGUCAAUGACGUCAGAGCUGUUCAGAAGAGGCUGGUAGAAGCAUCAGAAACCAUCAACUUCAUCAACAAGGAGGAGAAACUGUUCAAAUGGGAUGGGACUGAGUAUCCAGAAGUUGAUCAGAUAACCACUGCCAUCGAACCCUACCAGAGGCUCUUCGGUCUGGUUGUCAAAUGGCAGAGAGCAGAAAAAAAAUGGAUGGAUGGUGCUUUCCUGGAGCUCAACUCCGAGUCCAUCGAAGGAGAGGCCGAUGAGUACUGGAGAGACAUCUACAAGAUCACCAAGGGCUUCGUCAACGCCAAGAAGAAAGAGGAGGCAGAGAACAACAAGGCUGCGCCACCAAAGAGAAAGAAAAGGGAUGAUGCAGUGGAGGAAGAGGCUAAACCAGCAGAAGAGGAGACGGGCUGGGCGGCCAUCAAGGUCUGCAAUACAGUACAGGAACAAAUCACAGAGUUCAAGGAAUUCAUUCCCACCUGUGCUGUCCUGUGCAACCCUGGCGUCAGGACCCGUCACUGGUCCAAGAUGUCUGACAUUGCUGGUUUUGACUUGACACCUGAUUCAGGAAGUACCCUGCGUAAAGUGCUCAAGCUCAACCUCGGGACCUACAUGGAACAGUUUGAAUCCAUUAGUGCAGCAGCUACAAAGGAAUACUCGUUGGAGAAAGCCAUGGGUCGCAUGCUUGAGGACUGGGAGGCGGUGUUCUUCGGACUGACCGCUUACAGGGACACAGGGGUCAAGAUCCUGGCAUCCGUGGAUGAAAUCCAGACCAUGCUGGAUGACCAGAUUGUAAAAACCCAGACGAUGAGAGGCUCCCCCUUCAUCAAGCCAUUUGAAAAGGAGAUCAAGGUCUGGGAGGAGAGACUGUUACACAUCCAGGAAACCAUUGAUGAAUGGUUGAAGGUACAGGCUCAGUGGCUCUACCUAGAACCCAUCUUCAGUUCAGAAGACAUCAUGCAGCAGAUGCCCGAGGAAGGUAGACUCUUCCAGACGGUGGAUCGUAAUUGGAAGGACAUCAUGAAACACACCUCCAAAGAUCCAAAGGUGCUGGCUGCUACAUCCCUGACAGGAAUCCUAGAGAAGCUCGUGGAUAGUAAUGGCCUACUGGAUCGGAUCCUCAAGGGUCUCAACGCCUACCUGGAGAAAAAGAGGCUCUUCUUCCCCAGAUUCUUCUUCCUGUCCAAUGACGAGAUGUUGGAGAUUCUCUCCGAGACCAAGGACCCACUGCGUGUCCAACCCCAUCUCAAGAAGUGCUUCGAGGGCGUUUCUAAGUUAGACUUUGAUGGUGCACUGGACAUUCAUGCUAUGUUCAGUAGUGAAGGGGAAAAGGUCAAGCUUAGUGAUGUGAUUUCAACUUCUGAAGCCAGAGGUGCUGUUGAAAAAUGGCUACUGCAGGUUCAAGAUGUCAUGCUGAGGAGUGUCAGGGAUGUCGUUGAGAAUGCUCAUGGGGCAUAUGCUGUGGAGCCCAGGUCCAAUUGGGUUCAAGAGUGGCCAGGUCAAGUGGUCAUCUGUGUCUCCCAGAUCUACUGGACGGAGGAGGUGCACGAAGCCAUACGUGGUGGCCCUCAGGGCUUGAGGAAAUACUACGACAAGCUGGAGUCACAACUGCAAGACAUUGUCGCUCUGGUGCGUGGCAAGCUGUCGAAGCAGACACGUACUACCUUGGGAGCUCUGACUACCAUUGAGGUGCAUGCCAGGGACGUAGUGGAAGACAUGGCAAAUCAAGGCGUAAAGGAAGAGAGUGACUUUAACUGGUUAGCACAGCUGAGAUACUACUGGGAGGACAGUAACACUCUUGUUCGUAUCACCAAUGCUACUGUCAAGUAUGCCAAUGAGUACCUUGGUAACUCUGGAAGGUUGGUGAUCACUCCUCUGACUGAUCGAUGCUACCGUACCUUGGUCGGUGCUUUACAUCUCAACCUUGGCGGUGCCCCGGAAGGUCCAGCUGGUACCGGCAAGACUGAGACCACCAAGGAUUUAGCCAAGGCCCUGGCUGUCCAGUGUGUGGUUUUCAACUGUUCCGAUGGUCUGGACUACCUGGCCAUGAGCAAGUUCUUCAAGGGGCUUGCAAGCUCCGGUGCCUGGGCCUGCUUUGAUGAGUUCAACCGUAUCGAGCUAGAGGUGCUGUCUGUUGUGGCCCAGCAGAUCCUGUGCAUCCAGAGAGCUGUAGCGACACAUCAGGAGACGUUCCUCUUUGAAGGGACAGAACUGGUCCUCAAACCGUCCUGUUUUGUGGCUAUUACCAUGAAUCCCGGUUACGCUGGUCGAUCUGAGCUACCUGACAAUCUGAAGGUUCUAUUCCGUACUGUAGCCAUGAUGGUUCCCGAUUAUGCCAUGAUUGGAGAGAUCAUGCUCUAUUCGUAUGGUUUUGUGGACGCCAGGAACCUCUCGGUUAAGAUCGUCACAACCUACCGUCUCUGCUCAGAACAGCUCUCUUCCCAGUUUCACUACGAUUACGGCAUGAGAGCCGUCAAGGCUGUGCUGGCCGCUGCUGGCAAUCUCAAACUCAAAUUCCCGGAUGAGAAUGAGGAUAUUUUGCUCCUGAGAUCCAUCAUGGAUGUGAACCUGCCCAAGUUCUUGUCACAUGACAUCCCGUUGUUUGAAGGCAUCAUAUCGGAUCUCUUCCCCGGUAUCACCCUACCCAAGGCCGAUUACAAGCUCUUCAUGGAAGCCGUGCUUGAGAUCUGUGAGAAACACAACCUCCAACCGGUGGAAAACUUCCUGGAGAAGCUCAUCCAGACAUAUGAGAUGAUGAUAGUCAGGCACGGUUUCAUGCUUGUGGGAGAGUCUUUCGCAGGCAAGACUGAGGUUCUCCAUGUCAUGGCUGAGGUUCUGACUCUCUUGAACGAGAGAGGACUGAAUGAGGAGGAGAAGGUCAUUUACAGAACGGUCAACCCUAAGGCCGUCACCAUGGGUCAACUCUUUGGACAGUUUGACCCAGUAUCUCAUGAGUGGACGGAUGGAAUUGUUGCCAACACCUUCCGUGAGUUUGCAUCAACGGACACGCCCGAUCGCAAGUGGGUCAUAUUUGAUGGUCCCAUUGAUACCCUGUGGAUUGAGAGUAUGAACACUGUGCUGGAUGACAACAAGAAGCUAUGUCUGAUGAGCGGAGAGAUCAUCCAGAUGUCAAACCCUAUGAGCCUCAUCUUUGAAGCCAUGGACCUCUCACAAGCUUCUCCUGCCACUGUUAGCCGCUGUGGUAUGAUAUACCUGGAGCCUCAGAACUUGGGCUGGCGACCUGUCUUCAAGUCUUGGUGUAAUGUACUCCCAGAAGAACUCCUCAAGGAACUUCCUCUUGUACAGGCUCUCUUCAACUGGCUUGUAGAGCCUUGCAUUGACUAUGUCAGAAGGAACUGCAAAGAAUAUGUUGCAACGAGCAUCAACAACAUGGCACGUUCCCUGAUGUACUUCGUCAAAAUGUUCAUGGACGAUAACUUACCAAACUGUGAUCCAAAGAACCUCAAAUCAUGGCUCACCAACACAUUUCUCUUCUCGAUCAUCUGGUCAGUGGGAUGUACGACGGACAACGAUGGACGUGCAAAGUUUGACGCAUACCUAAGAGAAAUCCUUACGGGCAAAUCAGAAGACCACCCCAUCCCAGGGGAGGUUGGCAAGCUGGAUGUACCCCUCCCUCCUGAAGGCUUGAUCUAUGAUUAUCUCUUUGAGUACAAGGCAAGAGGGAAGUGGACUCAUUGGAAUGACACCAUACGCAACGCAGAGGUCGGUCAGGGUAAGAAGGUCCAAGAGAUCAUUGUCCCAACCAUGGACACUGCACGCUAUACCUAUCUCAUGGAUAUUGCAGUCAGGCAUCAGAGGGCCAUCAUGUUUGUGGGACCUACGGGUACCGGUAAGAGUGUGUACGUCAAGGACAAACUGAUGAACAACAUGUCCAAGGAUGAAUACGUUCCAAUGUUUAUCAACUUCUCAGCUCAGACAAGUGCAAAUCAAACUCAGGACAUCAUCAUGUCCAAGCUGGACAAGAGACGGAAGGGUGUGUUUGGACCACCGAUGGGCAAGAAAUCGGUCAUCUUUGUGGAUGAUCUGAACAUGCCUGCCAGAGAGGUAUAUGGUGCCCAACCUCCUGUUGAGCUGCUGAGACAGUACUUUGACCACAAGAACUGGUAUGACAAGAAGGACACCACUAAGAUCAGUUUGAUUGACAUUCAGUUCCUGACUGCCAUGGGUCCACCGGGUGGAGGUCGUAACCCCAUCACACCUCGAUUCCUCCGUCACUUCAAUGUCAUCGGCAUCGUGCCUUUCAACGAUGAAACAAUGCAGAGGAUAUUCUCCACCAUUGUCAGCUACUAUAUGAAGGCUAAUGAGUUUCCACCGGAGCUGUUCACCAGUGGCACCAUGGUCGUCCAGGGCACCAUGGAGGUCUACAAGCAAGCCAUGGAUAACCUCCUCCCUACACCAGCCAAGUCCCAUUACACCUUCAACCUUCGUGACUUUGCUCGUGUCAUCAAUGGUGUCCUCCUGAUCAAGAAGAAGGCCGUAGAGAGCAAGAGGACGAUCACCAGACUCUGGGUUCAUGAAGUCUUCCGUGUCUUCUACGAUCGUCUCAUUGAUGAUGAAGACCGAGAAUGGCUCUUCAAGUUGUGCCGAACCCUUGUCAAAGACAUCUUCAAGGACACCUUUGAGACUGUCUUUGAGCAUCUAGACCCUGAUAAUGUAGGCAUUAAGCAAGACAACAUGCGCUCUCUUAUGUUUGGUAAUUAUAUGAACCCUGAGGCUGAUGACGAGGAUAAGGUGUAUGAGGAGGUGAUGUCGCUGGACGAGUUCAACAAGGUGGUAGACUUCCAGCUAGGUGAAUACAACCAGAUGCACAAGAAUGGCAUGAAUCUUGUCAUCUUCAGGUACGUCCUUGAGCACUUGUCGCGCAUCAGUCGUAUCCUGAAGCAGCCCGGAGGCAAUGCCAUGCUGGUAGGAGUAGGUGGUAGCGGCCGUCAGUCCCUGACCCGCCUUGCCGCUCACAUGGCCGGCUUCAGUCUCUUCCAACCUGAAAUCUCCAAGAGCUACGGCAUGAACGAGUGGAGAGAAGAUCUCAAGAACCUGCUAAAGAAUGCUGGAGCUUAUGGCAAGCCGACAGCCUUCCUGAUCACAGAUACUCAGAUCAAGGAAGAAUCCUUCUUAGAAGACAUUGACAACCUCCUGAAUGCUGGUGAAGUGCCAAACCUUUACCCUCCAGAUGAAAAGGCAGAACUCUUGGAGGCUGUGAGACCAGCAGCUCAAGCUGGUGAUAAGAAUGCAGACUUCAGUCCCCUGGCCCUCUUUGCCUUCUUUGUCAAUCGUUGUAGAGAGAACCUUCAUAUCAUCAUCGCCUUCUCGCCCAUCGGAGAUACCUUCAGGAAUCGUCUGAGGCAGUUCCCGUCUCUCAUCAACUGCUGUACCAUCGAUUGGUUCCAGGCAUGGCCUGAGGAUGCCUUGGAAAGGGUAGCCAACAAAUUCUUGGAAAACGUAGAGAUGGAGGAUGAUGAAAGGGGCAACGUUGUCAAUAUUUGCAAGCAUUUCCACACAAGUGCUCGAAACCUUUCAGAAAGGUUCUUUUCCGAGUUGGGGAGGCACAACUAUGUGACACCAACCUCCUACCUGGAGCUGAUCUCGGCCUUCAAGACCCUACUGGGUAAGAAGCGCGACGAGACAGCCAAGGCCAAACGGCGUUACGUGGUGGGUCUUGAGAAGCUCAAGUUUGCCGAGAAGCAGGUCGGUGAGAUGCAGGUGGAACUGGUGGAGUUACAACCCCAGUUGGUGGUGGCUUCUGAAAAGAAUGAAAAGAUGUUGAAGGUGAUAGAGAAGGAAUCGGUGGAAGUGCUGGCUACUAGUGAGGUGGUGAAACGUGAUGAAGCAUCAGCCAAUGAGCAAGCUGCAGAAGCCCAAGGCCUUAAGAAUGAAUGUGAGAGUGAUCUAGCUGAAGCUAUCCCAGCUCUAGAGGCUGCUCUAGCUGCUCUCAACACACUCAAGCCUUCUGAUAUUGCUGUGGUGAAGACAAUGAAGAACCCACCUGCCGGUGUCAAGCUUGUGAUGUCAGCUGUGUGUGUCAUGAGGGGCAUCAGCCCAGAGAAGAUCGCAGAUCCUGCUGGUACUGGAGGAAAGAUCCUAGACUACUGGGGACCCUCCAAGAAACUCGUAGGAGACAUGAACUUCCUGAACAUGCUCAAGACCUACGACAAGGACAACAUCCCGGUGGCUACGAUGAAGAAGAUCCGCAGUGAAUUCAUGACCAACCCAGAAUUUGAUCCUGCCAAGGUCGCCAAAGCUUCCUCAGCUGCAGAAGGUCUUUGUAAGUGGGUGACUGCCAUGGAGGUCUAUGACAGAGUGGCCAAGGUUGUUGCUCCAAAGAAAGAGAAGCUGAAGGAGGCAGAGGAGUCCUUAGCAACCACCAUGUCAAUCCUGAAUGCCAAACGAGCUGAGCUAAAGGCUGUUGAGGAUCGUCUGCAGGCUCUCAAAGAUCAGUUCCAGGAAAUGACAGACGAGAAGGACCGGCUGGAGAAACAAGUGGACCUCUGCGCCAAGAAGCUGGAAAGGGCAGAGAAACUCAUUGGUGGACUUGGUGGAGAGAAAGAGAGGUGGACAAUAGCAGCUGCCAAUUUGCAGAGCAUCUAUGACAACCUGAUUGGUGACGUCUUGAUAUCGUCUGGUGUCAUAGCCUACCUAGGGGCGUUCACCUCCUCCUAUAGAAAUUCCUGUACGACAGACUGGACAAAGCUAUGCACGAAUGUGAAUAUUCCGUGUUCUGAUGAGUUCUCUCUGAGUAACACAUUAGGAGAACCCAUCAAGAUCAGAGCCUGGAACAUUGCCGGUCUCCCCACGGACAACUUCUCCGUCGACAACGGUGUCAUCGUCGACAAUGCCAGGAGAUGGCCUCUAAUGAUUGACCCUCAAGGUCAGGCCAAUAAGUGGGUCAAGAACUCUGAGAAGGAAAACAAACUGUCUGUCAUCAAGCUGACCGAUGGAGACUACAUGAGGACCCUGGAGAACUGUAUCCAGUUUGGCACCCCUCUGCUCCUUGAGAAUGUUCAAGAGGAGCUGGAUCCUUCACUGGAGCCCUUGCUCCUCAAGCAAACCUUCAAACAGGGUGGUGUGGAUUGCAUCAAACUUGGAGAGAGUACGAUAGAGUACUCCCCAGACUUCCGAUUCUACAUCACAACCAAGCUACGCAACCCUCACUACCUGCCCGAGCUCUCCGUCAAGGUCUCUCUACUCAACUUCAUGAUCACUCAAGACGGUCUGGAAGACCAGCUCCUUGGUAUCGUGGUUGCUAAAGAAAGACCUGAGCUGGAAGAGGAGCGACAGGCCUUGAUCCUGCAGAGCGCAGCAAACAAGAAGCAGCUCAAGGAGAUUGAAGACAAAAUCCUGGAGACCUUGUCAUCUUCAGAAGGCAACAUCCUAGAAGAUGAAAGUGCCAUCCUCGUCUUAGACUCAUCUAAGGUCUUGUCCGAUGAGAUUUCAAAGAAACAGAAGGUCGCUGAAGAGACGGAGAAGAAAUUGAACGAGUCACGCGCGGGCUACCGUCCUAUUGCCAAACAUUCUAGUGUUCUCUUCUUCUCCAUCGCUGACCUGCCCAACAUCGAUCCCAUGUAUCAAUACUCGCUCACCUGGUUUGUCAAUCUCUACAUCAAUUCCAUCCAAGACAGUAACAAGUCCAAGAUCUUGGAUCGCCGUCUUCGUUACCUGUCGGAUCACUUCACCUACAAUCUCUACUGCAAUGUUUGCCGUUCGUUGUUUGAGAAGGAUAAGCUACUCUUCUCAUAUCUCCUGUGUAUCAACAUCCUCCUGGCCGCUCCUGAUACAGAUAAGAAGGAGAUGGAUCAAACUGAGUCCAUGUUCUUCCUGACUGGAGGAGUAGGUCUAGAGAACAAGCUUGAGAACCCCGACCCAUCCUGGCUCUCAGAUAAGAGCUGGGAUGAGCUGUGCAGAAUGUGUGACAUGCCAGCCUACAAGGGAUUCAGGGAUAACUUCCAGGACACUGUGGCAGAAUGGAAGACAUUCUAUGAGAGCAAGGAGCCCCACCGUGAGACACUUCCAGCCCCCUGGCACGACAAACUCACAGACUUCCAGAGAGCUAUUGUGGUUAGGUGCCUCAGGCCAGACAAGGUCCUACCACUAGUUACCGAUUUCGUCAUCGGCAAGCUUGGUCAGAAGUUUGUCCAGCCACCCCCCUUUGACCUGGCCAAGAGUUUCACCGACUCCCACGCUUGUGCACCGCUCAUCUUUGUGCUCUCCCCUGGAGCUGAUCCUAUGGCUGCCCUGCUCAAGUUUGCUGGAGACAAGGGAUUCAGCGGAGAGAAGUUUGAUGCCAUCUCACUUGGACAGGGACAGGGUCCUGUGGCUGCAGCACUGAUUGCCACUGCUAUCAAGGAAGGUACAUGGGUCGUACUUCAGAACUGCCAUCUUGCUGUCUCGUGGAUGUCAGCCCUAGAGAAGCUCUGCGAGGAAUUCAGUCCAGAUAACGUCAACCCGGAAUUCAGGCUCUGGCUCACUAGCUAUCCAUCAAACAAGUUCCCAGUGACUGUUCUGCAGAAUGGUGUGAAGAUGACAAAUGAGCCUCCCACCGGUCUCAGGAUGAACGUCCUACAGUCGUACAUCAGUGAUCCUAUCAGUGAUCCAGACUUCUUUGCCUCAUGCCCAGGAAAAGAACUGAUCUGGGAGAAACUUCUGUUUGGCCUGUGUUUCUUCCAUGCCCUGGUCCAGGAGAGAAGAAAGUUUGGUCCAUUAGGCUGGAACAUUGCCUACGGUUUCAACGAGUCUGACCUUCGUAUCAGCAUCAGGCAGCUACAGAUGUUUGUCAACGACUAUGAAGAAGUCCAGUAUGCGGCCAUUGCAUACCUGACCGGAGAGUGCAACUACGGUGGUAGGGUCACUCAGGAGUGGGAUCGACGUUGCCUUCUGACCAUCCUUGCAGACUUCUACACUCCGGAUAUCAUCAGUGAUCCCAAGUACAAGUUCUCACCGAGCGGAGAAUACCACUCACCUCCCAAGGGAUCCUACGAGAGCUACCUUGAGUUCAUCAAGGCCUUACCAGUCACCCAGGUACCUGAGAUCUUUGGUAUGCACGACAAUGUCGACAUCUCCAAGUCUCUGCAGGAAACCAGACUCCUCUUUGAUAACAUCCUCCUCACCAUAGGAGGCAAGGGUAUGGGAGGAAGCAGUGGCUCUACAGAUAACGUCCUAUCAGACAUCGCCAAAGACAUCGUCUCCAAGCUUCCACCAAACUUUGAUCUGGAGUUAAGUCUUAAGAAGUAUCCAGUCACAUACGGGGAGAGUAUGAACACAGUCUUAGUACAGGAGAUGGAAAGAUUUAACACACUGUUGAUUACGAUUCGAAGCAGUUUGCUCAAUCUUCAGAAGGCUAUCAAGGGUCUGGUUGUUAUGUCCUCUGAUCUAGAGGGUGUGGCUCAUAAUCUGCUAAUCGGAAGAGUGCCAGAUGUGUGGGCCAAGCGUUCCUACCCGAGUCUGAAGCCCCUGGGUAGCUACAUCAAUGAUUUCCUGGCCAGGCUGAAGUUCCUGCAGGAUUGGUACGAUGAUGGCAAACCUAUGAUCUUCUGGCUGUCUGGGUUCUACUUCACUCAGGCUUUCCUUACAGGAGCCAUGCAGAACUACGCAAGGAAGUACACCAUACCCAUUGACAAGUGCGGCUUCCAGUUUGAGGUGCUGCCUUCAGAGACGGCUGAUAAGGCUCCUGACGAUGGUGUUUAUGUGAAUGGACUCUACUUGGAUGGAGCUAGAUGGGACAGGAAACGGGGAAUGCUUGGAGAGUCACUACCCAAGGUUCUGUUUGACUCUGUACCAAUCAUCUGGAUCAAACCAGGCAUAAAAGCCGAGUUCAAGGCUAAAGGGGACUACAUCAGCCCUCUGUACAAGACCAGCGAGAGGAGAGGUACCCUGUCCACCACCGGUCACUCUACCAACUUUGUCCUUGCCAUUCAUCUGCCCACUGACCGGCCGGUAGAUCACUGGAUCAAGAGGGGCGUCGCCCUCCUCUGUGGCUUGGACGACUGAGCACAUCCUAGGUUUUUAUACCGGUACUUAAUUUUGUUAAGGGGAUGCUUGCCUCUGUGAUUUCCUUCAUGCAGGUUCGUUGUAUGGAGAAGAUUCAAAGGGAUGCACCUUUUGAGAGGUAUCACUACUUUACGUAAGAUAUUUAUGUGUGCAUCCACUUGCUCCACAUCAUAUCUAAUGCGGAGUUCAGACCAAAACCAGUGUCUAUACAUACAUACAUAUAAGUUAUGUAAAUUAUAUUGUAAGAUAUUGGAGAUGUAAUGGACUAUGGUUGUACAUGUAUUGGCAAGAUCAAUUACUUGAAAUAACAUUGCUGGACGAAUGUGUAUAUUUAAUGACAACUGAUUACUAAUGUUUCACUCAUAUAUCUUGGAUAUAAUAUUCUUAUGGCAUUCCUGUAAAUAUAUAUGUACAAAAUACUUAUGUAUCAUACAUCCAAGAUAUUUGAUCUUUGCAAUAGUUAUCAGUUGUGAGAUACAUUGUAAGUACACUGUUGAGCUUUUUGACCAUUUACUUGGAACUGGAAAAGCAGUCUACAAGUAAAAAAGACACUUGCUAAUAUUGUUGAUACUUAUACUGCUGUGAGAUUUAUGAUACUGUCAAAUUUGCAGUUGGAAGAAAAAUCUACUCAAAUCAAAUACAGCCCAGUAGAGGUAUAUUUUAUUGUAAACACUAACAUCUGAAAACAAAUGUUGAGGUCUUUAUCCACAGGGCAUUCCUAAAAAUGAAGAGUGAUAUAGAAAAAACUGUUAUGCCUUUAUGCCUUUUUUCUUCAAUAUUUUGUAGAAGAUAUUUGUAUUAUACCUAAUUUCAAAAGAUAUUUCUUUUUGAAAUUCAUGAUGAGGAUUAAAUGACAUUGUAAAUACAUGUGAAGAGAGCCAUACAUGUAAAUAUGAAAGGUGAUAUGUAUAUAGAAAAGGCUUUAUUGUGAUGAUUGUACACUUUUUUUUUAAGGCCUUGUAAAUAUAUAACUACAUGCAAGACAUUCAAGACUUUGUAAAUUGAAAUAAGUGUGUGCUGUGAAUACCCUCUUGAAGUUUAUGAGGGUUUUCAUACUUUUUAUGAUGUAGUGAAUGGAAUUAUUGCCUGAUAAACAUGUAGAAUGGCAAUGAGACUAGAUUGACUUCAUUAAUGGGAAGAAAUGACUUCAGUUGACAAUUCAUGUAUGUGAGAGAGACAGAGAAAGAGAGAGAGAGAGAGAAGAGAAGAGAAUGUUUGACUGUUUUCUUUUCAGAUCAUUGCUGUGAUUGAUUUUUAAUUUGAUGCAGUAAGUUGAGAAGAAUUUGUGAGACUAUAAAACAUAGUACCAUAAUCAUAAAAAGUUAUUUAGCAUUCUUUGAAUUAUAUUUAGAUUGAAUCAAUGAUUAACUCUACACUUACAGAUAUGUCAUGAUAUAUUUAUUUUGAAAAUUGAUCUUGUAUGUAUGCAGUUCUGUAAAGGUUUGAGAGUUACAUGCACUUUGUUCUCAGAAUUUCCUGCAAUGAGAUGGUGCGCUAUAUAUAUAUUUGUGUAAUAUGCAUUAUUGUAAAUAAUUGUAUGUCAGGAUGUAAACAUUUCCCAAAUGUACCUCCGUCCAUGCACCUGGUAAGCAUAUGUAUUCUGUCCGAUGUCAAGGUAUUCCCGUCCAUUCUCACCGAAGUGACUUUUAUUUUCCUUUUUCUUUCUAUGAAGGAAUAAUUGUGAUAUAAGAAUGUG